CUAGUGGAGCGAAAUUCGUAAACAGACACUGUAACACCUGGGUGUUUACUUAUUAGUUCUUAUAUAUUUCCAACGUCGUUUUGACGUUGACAAAUCACAUCAUGGUGAUUCUCGUGCAACUGGAGUUGAAUUACUUCAAAACAUACGUUAGAAAUCAUAUUUUAAAGUUUAAUGGAAAAUUCAUCGUCGUAACGGGACCAAAUGGAUGUGGAAAAUCCAAUCUUCAGGAUGCCAUUGCUUUUGUAAUGGGAGCCAAAUUAUCAGAGCUGCGAGUAUCCAGACUAGCAGAACUUCGCCAUCCGUCACAACCCCAAAGUGAUAAAAAUCCGGGAAACAGGACGUUUGUCAAAAUUAUCCUGCAGUCGAAUGACGGAAUGGAACUUUGUUUUCAGCGUUCUGUCGUUGAUUCUCAAAACAAAUACUCUGUGAAUGAUAAUGAGGUAACUUAUGAUGAUUAUGAAGAAGCACUGAAAAAAUUAAACAUUCAUACGAGAGUUAAAAAUUUCUUGAUACUCCAAGAUUCCAUCGACUCAAUUCUCAUGAAAAAUCCUAUUGAGCGAACAUUGAUGUUUGAAGAGCUGAGUGGCUCUAUAACAGACAAACCUAACUAUGAUAGAUUGAAAAGAACAGUGACAGAACUCACGAACGAGCAUCAAAUGUUGAUGAACACGAAAAAGUCCAUUGCUAAAAAAAUAAAAGAUUUACAGCUUUGCAGACGAGAAACUAUAAAGUUUCAACAAUUACUUGAGGAGAACCGAUUUUCAAAACUCCAACUUUUUUUGUUCAAUUUGCAUCAUACUAAACGAGAUUUGGACAGUUUGCAUUUGGAAGAGAGAAAUUUGAAAGACACGAUCAAAAAAUGUGAGAGGAAAAAAGAUAAGGUGGAACAUGAGUUGGCGAAAUUGAAGGAGGAUUUUGCAGAACUUUCAGAAAUAUGUGAAAAAAAGGAUGAAGCUUGUAAGCCAAAAGAACUCGAACUUAAAAAAAUGACCGAGGCUCUCGUGGAGAUCAGGGCAAGAAAAGAAUAUUUCCAGAAACAAGUCGACUCUAGUAAAAAAAUUUACGAAUCAGCAAAAAAAGCAGACGAGGCUCGAAAACAAAAUAUACAAGAGCUUGAAACUGCGCUGAAAGAAGUUCAGCGCGCAAAAGCCGAAUAUAUUGAACAACAUGUCAAUGUGUUAGGAAGUAAUAAGCAGCUUUCUGAGUCUGAGGUUCGGGAAUACGAAAGAUUGAAAAAUGCAGUGAGUGUUGCCUGCAUGACCAAUAAUCACGGAUUGUCCGCCCGCGAACGUGAAUUGAAAAAUCUCGAGGACAUUUAUAACUAUGAAAAUACGAAGCUGGUCGAGACGAAAGACACGAUUAAGCGUGUCAAAAUUCGAAAAGAAAAUAUCACGGAGCGUAUUUCGAAGCUACAGAAUUUCGUGGCCCAAGCAGAAGCUGAUUUGGAUAAAAAGCGCGCAGCGUACGAGCAGUUAACUACAAAAUUCACGUUCUCGGAAGGCGAAGUAGUAAGGCUGAGGGAAGAAAUUGAAAAAAUAAAUGAACAAAUUGGUGACAUGAAAGAAGACGAAUUCUGCUCGUUUCGAAGGACACACGAGAUUGUGAAGGAAUUACAAAAAGAAUUUCCAGGCGUAUACGGAUCUUUAGGUGAGCUGUGCAAACCAAUUCACGAACGCUACACCGUUGCCCUGACCAAAGUACUGGGAGCAAAUGUGGAUGCGAUAAUUGUAAACGAUGCGAAAACUGCUAGACAAUGCAUCAAAUAUCUCCGGGAUAAUAAAAUUAAAGUGUUUACUUUUUUGCCGUUGAAUCAACUCCGCGAAUGCAACCUGUUGGAUCAUCUCCGGGAUAUCAAUGAUCCUCCGAACGUGAAACUUCUCUUCGACAUCAUCAAAUUGUCACCGGAAAUUUCCAAAGCCGUUUUUUACGCAACGGGAAAUACUCUCGUUUGUGAAACUCAGCAAGACGCGUCGAAAGUCGCAUUCGAAAUGGCCAGAGGUCAUAACUGUGUUUCGCUUGACGGAUGCUAUUAUAAAAAAUCGGGUCUCAUAUCAGGCGGCAAUCACGAUCUUGUCAGAAGGGCUCAACGUUGGAGCGCGCAGGAGAAACAAGACCUGAAGAAUAAAAAGGAAAAUCUCGCUGCAAGACUCAAAGAAAUUUUGAAAGAAGCUCCGAAACAAUUUGAAAUAUCUUCGGCUGCUGCAACCAUCGAAGCAAUAAAAAAGUACUCGCAAUUUCCUCGACAAGACUUGAGCACAGCGUACAGAGAGCUAAGUGAAGUUGAAGGCGAGUUGAAGGCUCUCGAAGCGGAAAGGGCAGUCAGAGAGGAAAAAGUAGCCGGGGCUAAACGAAACGUUGAUCGAACACUGGAAACAUUGACCGAAUUGAGAUCGGACAAUGAAGUCAAAGAACAAAAAAUAUUCGCUCAAUUCUGCAUAGAAAUGGAAAUCCCAAAUAUUAACGUUUACGAGAACGGCAAAAGGUUGUACGAUGAAAAAAUAAGCGAGUUUGAUCAACAGAUUGACCGUAUCAUGAACCAAUUAUCGUACGAGGAGGGUCAAGAUACGGGCCGUAACAUUGAGCGAUGGAAGAGAAACUUCGAACAGAAACAAAAGGAAUUGGAAUCUGUGGUUGAAAGUGAGAUCGAUAGUAAAUCCUUGGUUGACAAAGCUAGAACAGAACUUGAACGCUUGAAACUCGAACAUCAGGAAUCAAUGACCGAAUCGAACAUGAUGAAAGAAAACAUUUCGGGAGUCAGAAACCAGUUGGCGAAGAUGUCGAAAGAACUCCUAGCGCUUUCUAAGGACCUGAAUAAACUUCAACAAAUAAUAGGCAAGAAGAAAGCAAAAAUUCACACUCUUCUCACGGAGGCAAAGAUAGAUGGCUUCUUGGUUGUGGAAAACGAUCAGACAGAAAAUUCCUCGCUGAGCCAACUUUCUGGUAGUAACACUACAACCUCGGACACAUCUCGGCUAGAAGCGAGUAUGGCAGUUGACUAUUCGAAAUUGCCCGAAGAUUUACAAAAUUUGGAAGGGGAAGAGGUUGAGGAAACGCUACAUAAAUUGAAAAAAAAAGUGAACGAUCAGCAAAAAGAAAUAGAUUGCAUGAGCGAUAUGAAUAUGCCACAAUCACAGCAGUUGCUUUUGCUUCAAGAGAAGCUAUCGGAAACGAACGAAAAGCUCAUUUUUAAUCGAGAAGCAUUGAAUAAAACAAAUGCAGAAUUUGAUCGUAUCAAAAUCAAUAGACUGAACAAGUUCAAUCGAUUUUUCGAUGACGCUUCGGAAAGAAUCGAUGCUAUAUACAAACAACUUAUGAGAAAUUCAGCGGCUCAAGCGUUUAUCUUAUCAGAAAAUCCGGAGGAACCCUAUCUGGCGGGAAUUCAAUAUAAUUGUAUCGUCCCAGGAAAAUCAUUUCAAUUGAACGACAACCUUUCGGGUGGCGAAAAGACAAUGGCAGCUUUACCUCUUCUAUUUGCCAUCCAGAGUAUAAAUAAUGGAGAACCACCUUUCGAAAUUUUCGAUGAAAUCGAUGCCGCGCUGGAUCAUUCUAACGCCAUGAAAGUUGUGAAUUACAUGAGAAACAUCAAAUCGAACCAAACAAUCUGCAUUAGCCACAAGAACGAAUUCACCGCUCAAGCUGACACCCUCAUCGGUAUAACUAGAUGGAUUAUCGACGCAGAAAUGCAAAGCGCAAUCUUUGGAUUGUCUUUGAGUUGCUAUCGCGGUCACAUUGGAAAAUCAAAACGAUAGCGAACAGGGAACUUUUAAAGAGCUUCGUUUUAGCUUUAGUUUUAUGUAAAAGAGUAGUUUCUUACGUUAGACGUACGAAGCCAAAAUAAUCGAAUUUUUUUACCGUAUUUGACGACUCCAAUCACCAUUUUUUCCGCGAAGGAAACACCGAAUUAAAUAUGAUUCGCAAUAACAAUUUUUAAAUCUUCAACUCGGCAAAGCUGAAUAUCCGAUAUUAACGGACAAAUUAAAAUCAUUGAAUAUUUUAUAGUAUUUUUCUUUUACUUCAUUAUAUUUUUCUUCAACUCCAAUUUUUAUACGGUUGGAGCGCCGAAAUUUCCAUUCUUGCGUUGGAUUUGAAUGAUUAUCCCGAUCACAAAACCAUAGGGGAUAGCAAAUCAAGAGAUUUGAGCUCGGCAAAGCUGAAUAUCCGAUAUUUUUAACGUACAAAUCAAAAUCAUUGAAUAUUUUAUUAUGUAGAACAUCGUUACAUUUUCCUUCACUCUCCAACUUCCAUACGAAUUUUCCAUUUUUGCGUUAGAUUUUAAUCGUUAUCCAGAUCACAAAACUAGAAAGGAUAACUGAUGGAGAGAUUUGAGAAACAAAACGCUUCACAUUCUUUGAUUCUGGAAAACCCAAUUUCUCAGGUUGAAGGUACUCUAAAUCAAAUAAUUGUAUGUAUUUCAUUUAACUUUAUUUAACGCAGAUUGUAAAUAAUAAACAGGAAUUUGAUUAUCGAAUAUAUAUGUAUCUAUAUAUUCAAGUAUAUAAGUAAAUUUUUUGGCUCUUAUCGAGCUAGGUUUAUGGGAGCGAACACGUGACACAGUGCUCGAAAAGCUAAUGAGAAAAGAAUACAUGAUUUGACUUUGUGCUACGAGAAAUCCGUAAAAUAAGUGAUUUUCAAUGAAAAUUUAAUUCGAGUAUUUGCUAUACACUUUGAGAUAAUAAAUUGGCACUGAAAGCUACAUCAGCGAAAAGGAGUAGGUAGAGCAGGGGUUGAUAAGUAACUUAAUAAUUGGGUUCAAGGACCGAGAAUACCAGACGAUAUUUGAUCGUAAAAUCACAUUGAUUUCAAUGAACCGAACAAUAUAUGCAAAUAUACAUGUGUCAAUUUAAAUAUUCACAUAUAUAUGUACGUAAUAUUUUUCCUUGUAUUUGGGCCUUAAUUUCAUUUUUUCAACGUACAGUGUGCAAAAUGAAAAGAAAAUAAAAACGUGUCAGCAAUCAGUUA